GGUGCGAGCGCCUGCCCCUGCUCUCCUUCCUCCUGCUGCCCUUCCAGCGCAUCACACGUAUCAAGAUGCUGCUUGAGAACAUCCUGCGCCGGGCAGAGGAGGGCUCGGAGCGGGAGCGCAACGCCCUGGACGCGCUGGCCUGCGUCUCCAAGAUCAUAGAGGAGUGCAACUCGGAGGUGGGGCGCAUGCGGCACACGGAGGAGCUGAUCCAGAUCGCCGGGCGCAUCGACUUUGACCGGCUCAAGGCGGUGCCCAUCAUCUCGCAGAGCCGGCGGCUGGAGAAGCAGGGGCAGCUGGCCCAGCUCAGCCGCCACGCCACACACGCCAAGGCCAACUCCGCCUGA